AUGAGUAACAUAUUCGAGACGCAAGAUGAAGGUGAUAUACUUGAAGCGUUAAAAACGAUCAUUGCGGGCCAAAAGAAUAUUCAGGAAAGGCUGGAAAAAUUGGAGGAAAAUAUAUGUAUAACUUUGCAGAGCCAAAAAACGCUUAGUGAAGGCCAAUCGUCACUGGUUCACAACCAAACUGCAAUAUUUGAAAAACUGAAUGAGAUGGAGUCGAAAAUUGUCGAAAAGGCUGAGGUUUUGGCGCAAAAUAAGUCAAUCAGAGAAUGCAAAGUUCUCUUAAAACGAGUUGAGCAGUCAGUGUGCCGCAUGACCGGCGAAGUGACUGAUAAGGAGCUGGACGACGUCGCUAGCACUUUUCCGAUGGAGUCGCAAGCAACAGUUGCGGAAGUGGAAGAUAGACUGCAAAGCCAAGACUAUGCCCAAGCAAUGACUGCAUUCCUCCACAAACUUAAAGGCGCCAGUGAUAAUGUGGCUGACGUAAUACCUAAGGUUUUCUCAGAUGAGCUCAUGGAAGGUUAUAAUUGGGAUGGCAGAUGGAGCAAGAAAUCCCUAUGCAAGUUGGCGCUGGUUGAUACCAUUUUAAGAAAUGUGUUUCAACAACAAGGAUGUAGGAGUUUUGAGCAAAAUAUAAAGCGGUCAAUACUGCUCAGCCAUCACAGGUUAAAGCAGCGUAAUAAGGGGGCUAAUUGUGAGGAUGAUGACGACAUAAAUUUAGAUUGGAACCUAGGCCCCGAAGAUCGUCAUCUAGAUAUACAGGGAAACGAACAGGAAUCUGAGCAAUUCGACCUGGAAUCUUUCACUAUUCCAGAUGAAAAUUUUGUUGAAGAAGACGACAAAGCUGACGUCCAGAUCAAGCGUUAUUACACUGGCUAUGCAAUGACGAAGACACAAAGCGAUUUAACGCUGUAUUCGGAGGCCCUAAUCAGAGCUAAAAACUAUAAGGAUGACGGCGACUUAAGGCUAGUCAAUCCUAGUGAUAGGGUCUUCGAAGAGUGUCGACUGCAGAUGAUGUGGUAA